AUGGCAAACUGUGACUUUCGCGGGAAAGCAAUAGAAAUUGUAAAAAAAGCUACCGAAGAGGAUAAAAAGGGAAACUAUGAACAGGCAUAUAGGUAUUAUCAAAGUGCGCUGGAAUGCUUCAUGCACGCAAUUAAAUACGAGAAAAAUGAACGCGCCAAAGAUUCCAUACGUAAAAAGAUUACCGAAUACUUUGAUCGUGCUGAACAAUUAAAAGAGGAAAUUCGACAGAAAAAGGCCAUUCCAGAAAACGGUGCAGAACGUGGAAGCGGUGCUAAAGGAAGGUUGGUAUUAUAUGAUGAUACCUUUGUCAACGACAUGGAGACUAACAUUAAUCUACGUUUGUUAAUGAAGAAAACUGGCUCAGGCGAAGAUUAUGACGGAGAUGACACUGAUUCCAAAAAAUUACGAGGGGCAAUAUCAGGCGCCAUUCUUAGCGAAAAACCAAAUGUACAUUGGGAUGAUGUUGCUGGAUUAGACUCCGCUAAAGAAGCAUUGAAAGAAGCGGUGAUUUUGCCCAUCAAGUUUCCACAAUUAUUCACUGGUAAUCGAAAACCAUGGUCGGGCAUAUUACUGUACGGACCUCCAGGAACAGGAAAAUCCUAUCUUGCUAAGGCAGUUGCCACAGAAGCGAAUUCUACAUUUUUCUCAGUCUCAUCCUCCGAUCUAGUGAGCAAAUGGAUGGGUGAGAGUGAACGUCUUGUUAAAAGUCUUUUUGAAAUGGCACGCGAAAGCAAACCUGCCAUCAUUUUUAUUGAUGAAAUUGAUUCUCUUUGUGGUCAGCGCGGAGAAG